AUGACCGACUCAGAAGCAAUUGAUGCUGAGUUCCUCGCAAAGACGGAGGCACUGGCUCUUCAAGAUGAGCCCACCGAGGAGAAACACGAGAGUAAAGAGGAUAAGCCUAAUGCAGAGGAAAAGAAGGAGGAUGAUGCAGAAGCUGUGAAAGAGACCAUUCCAGAGGUCGAAGCAGAGGAUACAUCAAAAGAAGUAGUGACAGCUGAAGACAAGCCAAAGGUGGAUCCGAUAGAGAAGAAGGAAGAUACAAAAGAAGCCAGUUAA